CUAAAACUCAAAUUCCAAGGCCUACCUCCCUCUCUUUUUUCUUCUCUCCAUGGAAGUGACCAGUCCAAAGAGCACCAGCCGUCUGCCGGAGCACAUCUCCCUCGCCGGAACACAGCUUCCGCAGAGCCCAAGAGGCCCAAUGGAGUUCCUUUCAAGGUCAUGGAGUGCCUCUGCCCUCGAAAUGUCCAGAGCCCUCGCUCCUCACUCGGCACCCAAGUCCACCAGCGCCUCUUCUUGCACCACCACUUCAAUACCCGAAGACAUCAACGGCGAAAUGGAAGAGCUCGACAAAGCUCCGGCAAAUCAGUUCUCCUUUGCCUUCUCUGCUACUUCGCAACUUGUUCUUGAACGCAUCAUGUCACAGUCCGAAGUGUCGCCAUUGACGUCAGGAAGACUCUCUCACAGCAGCGGUCCAUUAUUAAACGACAGCCCCCCGGUUUCUCCAUCGGAGGAGUUCGAUGACGUGGUAAAGUACUUUCGUACCCACAACUCCAUCCAACCUUUAUUCAACGGAGGGCGCACCAGCGCAGGCAAUGGGGUCGGAGUUGCCACUCCCAGUGGGGCCAAGACGGUGGGGAGGUGGUUGAAGGAGCGAAAAGAGAAGAAGAAAGAAGAAACCAGAGCUCAUAAUGCCCAACUCCACGCUGCCGUUUCAGUUGCCGCGGUAGCUGCUGCUGUGGCGGCCAUUGCUGCAGCCACUGCAGCUUCUUCUUCUUCUUCUUCAACGUCAGGGAAGAACGAGCAGACAGCAAAGACGGACCUGGCCGUGGCAUCUGCAGCCACACUAGUGGCUGCACAGUGCGUGGAGACUGCAGAGGUUAUGGGAGCAGAGCGUGACCAUCUUGCUUCUGUAGUCAGCUCUGCCGUCAACGUCCGCUCACACGAUGAUAUUGUCACUCUUACAGCCGCGGCAGCAACAGCUUUACGUGGGGCGGCGACGUUGAAGGCCAGAGCACUGAAAGAAGUGUGGAACAUUGCAGCGGUGCUGCCUGCGGAGAGAGGACUGGCAACCGGAGUUUGCGGGAAAAGCAACAACGGGCAUUCAAACCAGAAUUACAGCGGAGAGCUCAUUGCAGGGGAUGAUUUCCUCAGUUCCUGUAGUCAAGAGCUCCUUGCCAAGGGCAGUGAACUUCUCAAACGAACCCGUAAAGGUGAUCUUCACUGGAAAUUUGUUUCUGUUUAUAUCAAUCGGACAGGCCAGGUGAUUUUGAAGAUGAAAAGCAAACAUGUUGCAGGGACAUUCACUAAGAAGAAGAAGAACGUGGUGUUGGAGUUGUGCAAGGACAUGGCAGCAUGGCCAGGAAGACACCUGUUUGACAGUGGAGAACAGCGUCGUUACUUUGGAUUGAAAACGGAAACGAGAGGGGUGGUAGAGUUCGAGUGCAGGAAUCAGAGGGAAUAUGACGUAUGGACGCAAGGAGUGUCAAGGCUUCUAGCAAUUGUUGCUGAAAGAAAGCACAGGCGUCAGACCUCUGCAACUACAUGGCCAAAUAUCAAGAAUUAGGAUGUUUUUGCUGUGGGUAGGAUUGAACUAGAUUAAAAUUAUAUGCAUUUAGAGGGAUGUUAGGGAGAUUUGUUAUGGGAGAUUGGUUAUUUAAUCUAUAUAUAUAAUAGAUUCUAAAAUAUAAUAUAAUGGGUUAA